AUGGAAAGACGGAGCAUGCAAGAGCAGCGACAUCAUAAAGCAAGGCAGUCUAUGGGUGACAUCGCAGGAGGUCUUAGUCAACACCUUGGGCAUCGCACGUCUUUUACUCGACAGCGCGCAAAGUCGCGCCAGUCUCAAACAGCAACCUCACCACGAGUACUGUCGCCAUCGGAAAUCGAGCAACUGCCUCAGCAAGCCUUGAUCUCUGCAUACUUACGAUCUUCGUAUCAUGGGGACAACGCAGAUCGUCCAGAGAGAAUUUCCUCAGCUGGAUCCUACUACACAGCUUCGUCAUCGCACUACAAAUCGCAAGGCGAAAUGAGGAGAAUAAGCGGGAACUUCAACGCACCAACGGAGAUUGAGGUGGAGCGGCAGAGAAGCCACUCCAAACGGUCACGGGGUAUGGGAAAGCUCAGGGAUGUGUUCAAGGGUCUGGUGCGGACAUGGUGA